AUGGGCAAACUUCAGUCAAAACACGCGUGCAAACGCAGAGAAAACCCAGAAGGAGACAGUUUUGUGGUGAACGCCUUCCUCCGGAAAGGGAUGGAGGAAUGUGAGCGGUACAGCGCAGCGGAUCAAAAGCUGAAGAACAUGCAGGGAUUGGUACCAGUUGUCUACACCUCUCCAAGAAGCCUUCCAGAGCCUCUAAAAACCCAUCUCCGUCUCUCCCCCAGAGCUCCCAGAGACUGGAGAGUUCCAAAUGGUGAGCUGAAGGAAGGACAAUUCACAGAUCAACACUGUCCCCUAGAGGUGGUUCUUCCUCCAGAGAAGGCUGAGGGCUGUGAAAGCUACCUGCAGUACCAGCACUCAGAAGAGGGAGAGAGGGAGACACUUAGAGAUGCCACCAAAGCUUCUGGGAAGAAACGCAUCAGCCUGGAUGAUUUGGAGUGUGAUGUUUCUGUGGAGGAUGACAACCGCCAGGAGUGGAUCUUCACACUUUACGACUUUGACAACAGUGGGAAAGUUACUAAAGAGGACAUGUCGAGUUUGAUGCACACCAUCUACGAUGUGGUGGAUGCCUCUGUGAAUCAGUCCUGUCAUAACAAGAGCAAGACUCUGCGUGUCAAACUGACUGUCACUCCAGAGCCCAGGUGUCACAGAAGAGAAACAGGGGCAGAGCGGUGUCACCAAGAGGAUGGUCGUUCUGCCGACAAGAGGCUGUCCUCCUACAUCAGCAGAGGGCAGAGUAAUGAGCCACCAGCCACUGAGGGUCAACAUUACUGUGUGGAUGAGAACACAGAGAGGAGGAAUCACUACCUGGACCUGGCUGGUAUAGAGAACUAUACCUCCAGAUUUGAAGGAACCACCCCUGUCUUUCCUCCACAAGAGGUUCAUGGUCGCAGCUCACAGAGUCGCUCACGCUCCCAGGAACCAGAAGCUCAAGUUGCGCACCAGCGCCGUUCACAGGUCAUCAGUGAUAGCUACAACCCUACAGAGUCUCGAAGCAAGGGUGCACAGUUCCUCAAAUCCCCUAAAGGAACCUACAAAGGGGGCGGAGGCAACAAUGGGGGAAACGGAGGUGGUAAAUCCACUAAAUGUCAUGGCUACCACCCUCCUCUGCAGACGGUGCUCCACAGUGGCAGUGCAGCAGCUCACGGAGGUCAGGAUGUGUACCACUUGCCACAUCAAGUCCAAAACUCCGGCCACCACCAGCAUCCUUUGCAAUAUAGCCACAGUAAACGCCUGAGGGCCAAAGGCCGCGAGGCCCUUUCCCCGUCCAAAACCCCUCUGCCAUCUCAGCCCCACCCCCAGCAGCCACCCCCAGUGCCCUCUGUACUGCCGAGCCUGGAGAGAGAGCAGAUGUCUGUCCCUCCUGGAAGCCCAGGCUUUGUGGUUCCUGUGGUCCAGCGCCAUGAGCACCAUCAUCAUCACGAACACCACCACCAUCACCACUACCAUCAUUACCACCAGACAUGACCGCCUUCAGCGCACAGUGACUGAAACUGUACAGGACCAACCACAACCAACCACACCAGUCACAAGGACUAAAUGUCAUCCCAUGCGAGUGUCUCACACUUCUGUCCAGGAUCCUUUUAUUUUCUUCCCGAAAGCUAAACAGAUAAAUCCCGAGAUUAGAUGUACCGAGGGAGCGCGUAGCAUGGCGGCAGAUAAUGCUCGACCAGAAGGAUGACAUUGUGUGCCACAGUGUUUGCGUUAUUUGCAGAUUUUCUGCUGGGAUGGCCGCACUCGUUACACACAUUCAUUAAUGGUACCAGUAUAAGAGAGGAUGACGUUUGAUGUAACACCCCUUCUCUUCUGCAGCUGUUGAUUAUCCUUCAUGGAAGCUAUUUGUCAGAAUUGUUGUAUUGUUCUGUGCGAGACCUUUCCAAAACAUGGAUCUCAGGUGUAAAGGUGCUGCUGCUCUCAAGCUUUUCACAGAGGCUUAUUACUCUUGGAGGCCUGCUGUGGACUGAGGGGUUUCUUUUUUUUUUUUUUUUUUUUUUUUGUGGGGGGAGAGUAUGAA